AUGGCCGACUCGGAGCAGCCAACAUGGAACGAUACCAUGCGGACGUUCAUGGAGCCGCUUCCCAUCCUCACGCGCGUUUACUACGCCUCCGUCAUGAGUGCGAUCCAAGGAGUGGGCGCGCACGGCAGGUGGUAUAAGGGCUGGCAAGACUGGUUCUCGCCGCCGCAAAAGGGACCCAACAUUGUCAAGACCUACGACAUUCGACAGAAUCUUCCCAUUCGCAUCUUCUUCCCCUCCAACUACGACCAAACCUCCCCCCAAACCCUCCCAACCCUCUUCUCCAUCCACGGCGGCGGCUUCUGCCUCGGCACCCCCGCCGAACUCGACGACUGGAACCGCCACUUCGCAGACACAAACAACAUGCUCGUCAUCUCCCUCAACUACUCCAAAGCCCCCUGGUACCCCUUCCCCACGGCCGUCACCGACGUGGCGGCCCUCUACAAGGCUGCCGUCGAGGAUGAGUCACUACCCAUCGACGCGGCGCGCAUAGCCGUUACGGGGUUCAGUGCCGGGGGAACGUUGGCGUUGGCGCUGUGCCAGGUUGAUCCUGUGAGGAACCACGCGCGGGCGCCGCCGGGAGCGGUGGUGCCUAUUUAUCCUUGCGCGACGUUGGCGCUUCCGCCUGAAGAGAAGGGGAAGAGGAGGCGGUACAAGGUUGGGUCGCGAUUGGGAGGGAUCCGUGGCCAGAAGAAAGAUUGGGUGCUUCCGCUCGCUAAUAUGUUCGACUGGGCGUACAUCCGCGUGGGAACCGAUCUCCGCGAUCCGCUCCUCUCGCCGUACUUUGCGCCCCGCGCGGAUCUACCGAAAAACAUCUUCGUCAUCGGCGCCGAGCUUGAUUUCCUCGCCUGCGAAGCCCAUCAGCUCGCCCUCAGACUAGCGGGGAAACAAGACGAUCUCGCGCGCUACAACUCCAUCCCGGGACGUCCCGAGGCCGGGACCGAAGUGGGCAAGUUGGAGCUGGAGGAUGAGCGGUUCGCUUGGGAGGUGGAGGAUGGGAAGGGCGGGAGUGUGAGGUGGUUGUUGGUGCCGGAUCAGGUGCAUGCGUUUGAUGUUGCGCAGGGGAGGUCGGUUAUGGGGGAUGAGGAGGGGGUGAGGGAUGCGGUUGGGAAGACGGAGGAGUAUGUAAGGUUGAUGGGGGAGUGGUUGGUGAGGAGGUGGGGGUAG